AUGCCACCCAAGAAAGGCGGCGGUGGGGGCGGCGGCGCCCCCAAGGUCACGGUCGACAAGACGUUCGGUAUGAAGAACAAGAAGGGUGCCAAGGCCCAGCAGCAGGUCAAAAUUAUUCAGCAGCAGCAGCAGCAGGCUGGUCUGAACCGCGAAGCGCUCGCCAAGCAAAAGAAGAAGGAGGAGGAGAAGCGCAUCAAGGCCGAGGCAGAAAAGAUGCUCAAGGCCGAGGGCCCGCCGAUCGUGCAGCCCCGUGUGCCGUUUGGUGUGGACCCCAAGAGCAUGACCUGUGCGUUCUGGAAGGCAGGGCGCUGUGAUAAGAGCGCCGCACGGUGCAAAUUUGCGCACUCGGAAGACGCACAGCGCAAACAGCAAAAGAAGGACCUCUACACCGACACGCGUGACCAGAAGGACGACGAUGAUAAGAAGAACGACACGAUGGACAAGUGGGACCAGGAGCGGCUGAACAAGGUCAUCAACAUGAAGCACGGCAACCCCCGCACGACGACGGAUAAGGUGUGCAAGUUCUUCAUCCAGGCCGUCGAGGACGGCAAGUAUGGCUGGUUCUGGGAGUGCCCCAACGGCGGUGAAAAGUGCAUGUACCGCCACUGUCUCCCGCCGGGCUUCGUGCUGAAGUCGGAGCGCAAGGCACGGGAGGCGCUCGAGAAGGAGAACGAGAUUUCUCUGGAAGAGUUCCUCGAGUCUGCGCGGUACAAACUCGGCUCGAACCUCACGCCGGUCACGCGCGAGUCCUUUACCAAGUGGAAGAAGGAGCGCCAGGACAAGAAGGACGCCGAGGAGGAGGCGCAGCGCCAGAAGAAGGCGACCCAGGCGCAGGCCAACAAGAUGGCUGGCCUCAGUGGCCGUGAAAUGUUCGCGCUGAACCCCGAAAUGUUCGGCGACGACGACGACGACGACGACGACGGCGCUCUCGACAUGACCUCCUACAUGCCCACCGGCUGGGAGCAGGGCCGCGACGAGGCGGCGGAGCAGAUCGAGCAUCUUCACGUCACCGAGUAA